AUGGCUUCCCUUUCAGUCUCUUCAUCUUCGACCAUCAUCGAUUCAAGAGCUCCUCCUCGACAAGCCUCCGCCUCCGCCUCUUCUCCGUCGUGUAUUUCCCUUCCCACGCUUCCUCCUCAGCCUCUUCAGUCCCAAAACCGCGUCGCAAAAGCCACUACUUACUGUCGGAAGAUUGUGAGGAACGUUGUGACGAGAUCUACAGGUGAAGUUCCUGCCACUACUGAAGCUGCCACUACAGAGUUACCGGAAAUCGUUAAGAGCGCUCAAGAUGCUUGGGACAAAGUGGAGGAUAAGUAUGCAAUUGGUUCUCUCGCAUUAGCUGGUGUGGUUGCUCUUUGGGGAUCUACUGGACUGAUUUCGGCUAUCGACAGGCUUCCCUUGGUUCCUGGUGUUCUUGAACUUGUAGGCAUUGGUUACACUGGGUGGUUUGCUUACAAGAACCUGAUCUUCAAACCAGACAGGGAGGUUCUGUUCCAGAAGGUCAAGGACACGUACAGAGAGAUAUUAGGGAGCAGCUGA